UACCCAAUCGGCUCAAAAUUCAUUCGGCGCUCAAAAUUAUUAGUUCAAAAUUGUAAACGAAGAGUACUUAAAAUUUCUUGUAAAUUAAUUUGAUUUAUCUUUUAAAUUCCUGUAAAAUGAGGGAAAUUGUUCACUUGCAAGCAGGACAGUGUGGGAACCAAAUAGGAGCAAAGUUUUGGGAAGUAAUAUCAGAAGAGCAUGGUAUUGGUCCUGAUGGUCGGGCUAAAGAACAAACAUCUCUCCAAAAAGAGCGUAUUAGCGUUUAUUACAAUGAAUCCUCGAGUUCCAAGUAUGUCCCAAGAGCCGUACUUGUUGAUCUCGAGCCAGGAACCAUGGACUCAAUCCGAUCUGGUGCCAUCGGUAAGAUGUUCCGCCCAGACAAUUUCAUUUUUGGGCAAACAGGAGCUGGAAACAAUUGGGCUAAAGGACACUAUACUGAGGGUGCUGAACUUGUUGAUCAAGUUAUGGACAUUGUAAGAAAAGAGGCAGAAAACUGUGACUGCUUACAAGGUUUUCAAAUGACACAUUCUUUGGGAGGUGGUACGGGCUCUGGCAUGGGCACUUUGUUGAUCAAUCGAAUGAGAGAGGAGUACCCCGACAGGAUAAUGAACACAUUCAGCGUAGUUCCAUCUCCCAAAGUGUCUGACACUGUUGUUGAGCCAUACAAUGCCACUCUAUCGGUCCAUCAGUUGGUGGAGAACACAGACGAGACGUACUGUAUCGACAACGAAGCUCUCUAUGACAUCUGCUUCAGGACUCUCAAGAUCCCCAACCCCACAUAUGGAGACCUCAAUCACUUGGUCUCUUCAACUAUGUCUGGUGUCACCACAUGCCUCAGAUUUCCUGGCCAAUUGAAUUCAGACCUGAGAAAACUAGCAGUGAACAUGGUUCCUUUCCCUCGUCUGCACUUCUUCAUGCCAGGCUUUGCUCCCCUUACAUCACCCAAUGCUGCACAGUACUGUGCUCUAACAGUCCCUGAGUUGGUCCAGCAGAUGUUCGAUGCCAAGAACAUGAUGGCGGCGGCCGACCCCCGUCACGGCAGAUACCUCACAGUUGCGGCAAUUUUCAGGGGGAAAAUCUCCAUGAAAGAGAUUGAUGAGCAAAUGUUACAUGUUCAGAACAAGAAUUCCCAAUUCUUUGUGGAGUGGAUUCCAAAUAACUGUAAGACAGCUGUUUGUGAUAUACCACCUAAAGGUUUAAAAAUGUCAGCGACUUUCAUCGGUAACACUACUUCUAUCCAAGAGAUUUUUAAGAGGCUAUCUGAACAAUUCGCCGCAAUGUUUAGGAGAAAAGCCUUUUUACACUGGUACACGGGUGAGGGGAUGGAUGAGUUGGAAUUUACAGAAGCUGAGUCAAAUAUGCAUGAUUUAGUGUCAGAGUACCAGCAGUAUCAGGAAGCAACUGUGAAUGAUGAUGGUGAUUUUGAAGAGGAAGAGCAAGAAGCCUAAAAAACAUUGUUUCAAUUCCUCAUGUAAUUUAUGUACAUUAAAACACAUGUAUAUUUUUAGCACAUGUAUUUGUAUAUAAUAUAAUUUUAAUCUACAAACCUUU